GCAAGACAACAAGGUUAGCUAGGGCUAGACUCGUCUUGCGUCCUAUAACCCUUUAAACUUGCUCAACAUAACCGGACACAGGCUUCAGAGAACUAGACUGUGAUAUCUGCAUCGAUUCACUCAAAAUCCGAUAACCAGCAACCCCAGCCGUACGAUCCCGGCGAGAACAGCUACUCAGGAUGAAUCACGGCAACUACGACGAUGACGAAGAGGAGGACGACUACUCCCUUCCCGGCGCUUUCGGCGGAAUCCCCGCUGCUCGUCAACAAGGAUCCAGUGCUCCUCGUCAAUUCGCUCAAGGAGGCAUCUUGUCUCAACUCAUGGGAGGUAUGGGCAACUCGGGGUUCGGUGGAGGAUACCCGGGGAUGACCGCUGGAGGGAUGAUGGGCUAUGGAGCUCCCAGUCGACCGUCGGCGUUCGACGAUUAUUACAAGGCAUUCUCCGUAGCUUUCCUUCCAGGUCCCGAGAGGCCUACACUGGCUUACGGCGGAAAAGUGAUCAUGCCCCCGUCCGCCUUGGCCAAGCUUACCAACCUCGAUAUCGCCGGACCCUGGACUUUCCAACUUCGGAACCCCAAGAACCCUUCUGAACUCUGCACGCACGGGGGUGUUCUCGAAUUUAUCGCUGAUGAAGGAUGUGUCUACUUGCCAGCUUGGAUGAUGAAAAGGCUGAAGCUUGAUGAGGGGGAACCUAUUCGGUUGACAGGAACCACGCUGCCAAAGGGUAAACUGGUCAAGAUUCAAGCUCAGACGCCAGACUUUGUCGAAGUCUCUGAUCCCAAGGCAGUGUUGGAGACGGCUUUGAGAUCUUACUCGGCGUUGACGAAGAACGACAUUAUCGAGAUCGAAUACAACAUGAUCCACUUCGAGUUGUUGAUCAUGGAGACAAAUCCGGAUGGCAGCGGUAUCAGCGUGAUCGAUACCGACUUGGAGGUCGACUUCGAGCGACCGAAGGGUUACGUCACACCCAAACGGGCACCCGUAGCAUUGCCCCCUACCAUGGCAGACAAGCUCAAGAUCGAUGUCAACGAACAAGUCUCUUCCUCGGGUGCUCCUACCCGACCGGGUUCCGUCGCCUCUAGCAAAGCUGGAACGGCAGCAGGAUCUCUGGGGGCCGAGAGCGCUUUCGAGAGUUUCAAGGGGAUGGGAUCUUCCCUGAACGGAAGGAGGACGAAAGGCAAGGGCAAGAAGAAGGAGAUCCAGGAGGUCGAUCAGCAUAGCAAGAUCUUCAGGACCGACAAAUCCCGGUUCGUGACCAACCAGAGUUUGGCAAACGAAGAGAGAAAGGUUCCGGCACCACUCGUCCUUCCCUUUGGCAAGCUGUUCUUCGGAUACACUUACAAGCCGUAUGACCCUUCCAAGGAUACCAAGAAGGUCGAGCCGGAAGAUGGCGCAGGAGCCCAGCCGCAGCCUUCUUUCGCAGGUGCAGGAACUACGCUAUCCGGAAGAGGCGCACGCGGUCCUACGGCUGCAUCGGGUCAGAUCCCCGUGACCCCGAAAGUCAAGGAGGAAGAGCCCAAGCCGGACCCAUGGGCGAACCUACAGGGCGGUUCGAGCUUGAACCGUCCUUCUGGUGGUACAGCCAUCCAGCCGAUCGAGAUUGACGAUGAUGACGACGAGGACGAGGGGAAUUACGUUGGGGUCGAUUCUGGCUCGGAAUUCAACGGGUUUGAUGAAGACGACGACGCCAUCAUGAUCGACUCGGAUUGAUCGUCCUGGGCCGAUCGAUAGAAAUGCAUGUGUUUCCCUUCUCUGUAACUAUCUACCUACGUCUGCGUACUACCCCGGGCAUCUCCUGUAGCCUUAUAUCAGGUUCUUCCAGAAUGUUUCAAGACGCAAGACGGGGUUGUUUACGA